CAAUAUAAGAAAGCCCUGUAUGAUGCAAAAAGAUCUGUCAUUUUGAAGCCAAACUGGCCAAAGGGGCACUAUCGAUUUUGUGAUGCUCUUUCACUUCUGGGGCAACAUGUAAGAGCUCUUCAAGCCAAUGAGAAAGGUCAAGAGCUCUGCAAAGAUAGUCCUGAAGGAAUUAAGGAUCUUAUUCAGCAACACGAGAAACUGAAAAAACAGAUGGAAGAAAUUAAAAGUGUCAAGCAAAAUAAACACAGGAUCAAGAAACCAGUUAUCCAGAAAAAUUUUUCAGAAUCCACUUCAAGCAAUACCCAAGAAUCAAAAAAAUUUGAACAUGAAAAGAAAAAACAACCUGAUUUACCCUACCAUCUUUAUCAGCAAAAGCAAACGAAGGUGACUGGCAAUACAGGAACCAAAGAAAAGAAAGAUCGGCCUUUGGAUUCUCACCUAGGGCUGAAUGAAAAUCCAAGGAAACCAAGGAAUAGAGUGGAUGAUUCUGAAAAAAUAAGAAACCAGUUGUAUUUCAAAAAUGAUUCUCAGAAAGGUCUAGAGGAACAAAAUAAUCCUUGUGGUACUAUGCAACAGGUAGAUAUGGUGCCCUCACUGGAAAUAUUGAAGACUCAUAUACAAAGUGGAUGCACAUCUUUGACAGAUCAAUGUUUUCACAGUGCUGAAAAAUCCUUUGCAUUUUUAUUAAACAUUUUAGAUCCAUCCCAGCUACAGCAAGUGAAUCUUGCAAUCAUUGAUUACGUUGUAAUCACCUAUGGAUAUGCUAUUGCUCUUCUUGGCAUAGGACAGCCUGCGGAACUAACCAAAGCCAAAAACUAUUUUAAUAAUAUAAUUGAGCAGUAUCAGGAAGUGAGAUUUGAUUGCUUAGCACACUAUGGAAUUGGAAAAGUAUAUCUGAGACAGAAUUGGUUUUCAGAUGCUCUGGAUCACUUCAUGAAGUCAAAAAUCAUGGUCAGUCAUAAGAUUGUGCCUGGUGUGUUGACAUGGCCUACAACCUCAAUUGUUAUUGAAGAGACAAGGACAGAGAAGUUACAAAUUAUACUGGAAGAUUGUAUUGAACAAUGCAAGUUUCCUCCAAAUCCAGAUGCAGUUUGUCGUUACCAACAGUGUCAAGCACCAAAAAUCAAUAUAUAUUUUAAUGACCCAGAUUUCAAGGGUUUUAUAAGAAUUGCCUGCUGUGAACAGUGUAUAGUGGAGUUUCAUGUGAGUUGUUGGAAGAAGCUGAAAGCAAUAAGAUACAGUGAUAAAAAUGACAAGGAUAUUCUUCAAGAAUUGUGUUUCACUCCAGAUUGUAAAGGUCUUAUUUCUAAAAUUGUUGUCUUCCACUCUUCUGGUUUAGUGAAAUGUGAGUUUGAGCAUAAAAUAAAAACAAAGAAUCUUCCAAAGCCUAUUGUUAAACAAAAAUGUUCAAGUUUCAGGAAACUAGAAAGAAAACAAGAAAGAAAAUUAAAGAGAUUUAUGAAGCAAGAUGAAGUUAAGUUAGCAGAAGGAGAAACAUAUUACAGAGAAUACUGUCCAGCAAAAGAUGAUAGUCAUAAAGGAAGAGUUCAAAAUUGUUUUCCCUCGGAUCCAGUUUUGCAGCUUAUAGUACAGCAUGCUUCAAACAUAUUAACAGGUGUACGUGAUGCUUUCAAACUUCUUAAUGAACUCCUUUCAUGGUGGGUUCUGAGUGAAGAGGACUGUGCACUGUUUUCUUCAAGUUCUGGAUCAUCAACUGAAGUAAUGGACCGGAUCAUAAACUUCUUAAUUGUUAAAAAUGACAGAGUAAAGACAAGAAUUUUUAUUCAUGUUUUAAGUGAGUUUGAAGAAGUGGAUCCUAAACUACAUGACUGGGUGAAUCUUCUCAACAAUAAAGGUUUAAAAGCAACAAAUGUAUUUUUUACUGAAUAUGGAAUUAACUUGAUACCAGUUGACUUCAAUUUAAUAACAGUUCUCUGGAAUGAGAAGUACGGUAUUAAAUUAGGCAAAAUGUUCACCUGCACAUCAGAAGAUAUGUUUGAAAUACUAAAUUACCUUUAUGAACUAUCAGCAAUGGAAGUUCGUUGUUUGCUAUGGCUAAUAGAAGAGAACAGAGAGAAUUUCCCAUUUUUCCAUCAAUAUUUAGAUGACUAUUUUGAUAACUGGGAUCAUCCUUUUACUAUAAUAAAGAAGGAGGAAACUGAAGCUACUUCAAAUAAUGCUAUCAGAGUUAAGAACAGAAUCAGAAAAAAGACAAAGAAAUCAAAGCCUAUUUUAGUUGUGUCUGGUGGCAUUAGUACAAGAGCUUGCGAAGAAGACAAUAUAUUUUCAGAAGAAACUACUCCCUAUUUUUCUCAAAUCUUGGAAGAACAUGAUCCUUUGGAAAUUGAUUAUCCAUUCUUAGUUGAAGAAUAUGAACACUUUCCUGCAGAUACUUGUGAGAUCCCUAUGGAAGAAAUGUUGGAAUCUCUACAUUUUGUUACAUCAGGUGAUUUUAUUGGCUCAAUUAAACAUGCAGUGGUCACAGAAGAUGAAAAUGAAAAAGAUAACUCAGCUUGCCUAGACAGUCAAGAAAACAGUUCUGAAAGCAAACCCCGUUUAAACCCGGCUGCAAAGGAAUUCAAGCCCACCUCUUAUAUUUAUGAACCUUACGUGCCAGUGUCUUCUGAUACAGUUCCCAGCAAUGUUGAAGAAAGUAUGACUACCAACCAUUUCUCUCUUAGUCCUUUUGUUUCCACAUACUCUCUUUCAAGUCAGACAAGUGACACAAUAGUAACAUCAUUCACUGUGCCAAAAGUACCUUUGCCUUCAGUGACACCUGAAAACAAUUCAGUAUUUCUGAAUACAGUUUCUUCCGAGUAUCAGGAUGAGAGGACGCUUCCGAUGAUUCCUGAAAUACCACUUGUACCAGAUAUCUCAGAGCAAUCUAAUUAUAAAUGCACAAGUUAUAAUGUUUCUCUUCAUACUGAUCAUACUGACCAAGUAGUCUUGGGCAACACAGGCAAUCUUGUGGCAAGUGAUGAAAUGAAGGUGUUCCAGAGCCUUCAAGAUAUACCAGUGAAUUUUGAUAACCAACCUUCUGAAAAUAUUCUUGAACUAGUUGAAAAUCAUACUAAGGAAACUGGAUGUGGUUCUGAUAUUGAAAUAAAAACUGAAAAUAAGUUGGUAGGAAGAAGCAAUCCCCGUUCCAGGAUGAUUGCUGUUCAGGCGAAUCAAGAAUUAACAGACAAGGGAGUUAAUACAUUGCCUCUUCAUCCAUAUGAAACUCAGCCGGGAGAUAUGUUACGUAUGGAAAAAGAACACCAGGUGCUACAAGAACAACUUAAAGAAGCAAGUGAAAAAUAUGAACAACUUAAAUGUCGAAGUUCUAAGGAAACCAGCGAUUUAGAAGAAAAGUUGUUACUUCUUGUUGAAGGAAACAAGCUUAGUAAGAGAGAACUAGAUUGGUUUCAUCAAAAUGUAGAAAUGGAAAUUAAAAAAUGGCAACAGGAGAAAAAAGAACAUCAAGAAGAAUUAAAAGCAAGAAGAAAUAAAGUAAAGAAGUUAACAGAAACUAAUGAAAUAUAUGUGAGAAAUAUUGAUGAAAAGGACAAGCAGUACAAACUAUAUUUGGAUGAAUUCCUUGAGAGCAGCAAUAAGUUUGAAAAUGAAAAAGUUAAAAUGGAGACAUUUACACAGAAGAGCCAUGAUGACCAUGAGGAAUGUGUUAAGCGAGCAGUUGCAGCAGAGGUGUCAGUGCUUGAAAACUGGAAAGAAUCUGAAUUAUAUAAAUUACAUAGAAGAGCUACACAAGCAGAAGCUAAUCUUAAAUAUCUAAAGUUCAUGACCAGUCAGUCGGCAAUGCCACAAUCAAAACAACAAAUUGAUGCUUGGGAGACCUUUAUUUCUAAUAUCAAGGAAGAAAUUAGAAAAAUUGAGAAUGAAUUUGACAAAAGAAUUUGUAUGGUGAAAAAUGGUGCCCUUCUAAACAGUAUCUCUGCUGUGGAAAUUGCAGAACUGCAACCUCCUGAUAGUCUGUCGUCAGUUGCACAUGAAAGACCUCUGAUUAGCGAUCCAGCCAUUCUCAUGUAUUCAUCUGGAGCACCGCUCCCUAUAGUUUCAACCACUAAUGAUGACAGUUCUCUGCUCUCUGCUGUUAAUGUGUAUACUGGAAAUAGUAGUUCUAGGUCCCUUCUGUCAAACAAAGAUUUGGAAGAGGCAUCCUCUGAAUGCAGAGGAAUGUCACUUUCUGAUCAUGUAUGUCUACCCCAGUCACCAAAGAAUUGUAGAAGGUACCAAGCUACUCAGCUGCAAGACAGCUCUCAAGAGGAGCCACCACCAGCAGCAGUACUGGACCAUAUCAAAAGUAUAAGUAAGCCACGGCUUCCAAAAACAUCUGAAAACAUCAUUGAUCAACUUAGAACUAUAUUUCCAAGCCACACAAGGACAGAUCUUGAGAACUUUAUAAAAGAAGUUAAAGUGAAGAGUAAAAAUAAACUGAGUGGAGGUGAUCUUCUCUGCCGAGUAACAGAAUUUAUUCUGGAUCACCCAAAAAAGAAAAAGGGUUCCUCUUCAGGGAAUAUAGACAAUCCAGCCCCUACUGCUUCAAGACAGAAUGGAAGUCAGACUCAACCAGCACUGAAAAUGUCAGAACAAAAAAUGCCCAAUCUGCCAAAAUCUAAGCUUGCUAAUGAAAAUAAAAAGAAAACUCUCACACCUCCAUUGGUUCCGAUUCCUUGGAAAACUGUUGGAGGAACAUCAAAGUCCAAGUGGAAGAAAUCAAGUGAUUCCACUGAUAAUGAUCCCUGUGUAAUAUGUCAUGAGGAACUAAAUUCAGAACAGUUGCAUGUGCUGGAUUGUGGACACAGAUUUCACAAACUGUGCAUUGGGCCAUGGAUCAAGGAGCACAAUACUUGUCCAACAUGUCGGCAUCACAUUCUUCUACCUGAAGAUUAUCCUGAACUUCCUCGACGGAACAAAAUCACUUAGAUGUUGCAAUAUUUGUGUUAUCAAAAAUGUGCAAUUUGGAUUAUUUAAAAUCAUGGUGAUAAAGAUGUAGUCUGCUCCUUCUGUUACUGAGUAUUGCAUGUUAGAAAACAGUACCUUGCCCUUUGAAAAGUUUUGAUUAGAAAAGAGGGUAAACUAAUAAAUUAAGAUACUGCCAUUUUAUGACAGCAAGUCUAAUGACUUGUACCCUACAUUGUUCAGUUGGGUCAGUGCCACCUAGAGAAUUUCAGAUUAUUUCUUUUCGCUUUACAGUAGUGAUAUAUUAUCUAUAGAAAUUAGUAUGUUCAUUGUAGAAUAAAACAAAUGGAAAACAGUUUUCAAAAUUUGUUAACAAACAUCCCCUUAAAUAAAUGUAUUAACAUUUUAAAUAAUAUAGCUAGACACAGCUAUUGUAAUUAGCAAAUUCAAUAUUGUAGAUUGAUUUUGAGUGGGUAACUGUUA